AUGGAUGGUGAGAAUGUAACUCAUGGUUCACCAAGCAGUAUUGCAGAAGAUCACAUAGUUACAUCAUUUCCCUGUCUAUACUGUUCAAGAAAGUUUCACAGUUCACAAGCAUUGGGAGGCCAUCAAAAUGCCCAUAAAAAAGAGAGAAAUUCUGCUAGAAAGAACAAAGGGGCUUCCCAAUAUGUUGUAAACAAUUUCCCUUCACUUUCACAUCCCCCAUUAGUGUUUUCUCCCAACUAUCCAAUUGGGAUUCUUACUGCCCAUGCAGCCAGUCUUGGUCAAUUUCAAGGCCAGCAAUUUUCCAGCCCUUUUGGAGCAUCAAAUGGUGCACCCAGAUUUCAGAAUGUGGUAUUGUAUAGAGGGAACUAUAUGAAUAACAUGUAUCAAUGUGAAGGAGAUGAUCAAAGUUUGACCAAUUGGCAAAAAAGUGCUACAAGGUGCAAUGGCUACAAAUACAAUGAAGAAUGCUCUCAGAAUUUAUCAAAAUUGAAUAAAAUUCAUAGCCAUGGGGGUGAUGACUGCAGGGAAAAAGAUCAGAAACUUGAUUUGUCUCUUCAUUUGUAG